AUGGAGGUGUUUCGCAUUCUCCCGUUCGUCGCGCCUCGCCGCGGGAGCCAGGCGGCAAUGGCGAUAGGCCUGUUCUCCCUACACGGCGCGAUCACGUACGCCACUGGAGUCAACUCCGUAGCGGGCGUGCCACACCAGAUGCAGCAUGGUGCCAGCAAGUUCGUGGCAGGCUCUUGGUCUGCCAGGCAAGCGGCCGCUGCAAUGACUCCAGCGCCGACAACGUGUGUAGAUUCUGCAAAUGGGGCCACGAACAGAAAAGGCAACGGGUGCGAAGUCUACAGCUACGUGGAGCAGAACCCGUAUGUCGGCCUCUGCCUCGACCCUUACUAUGACGACGAAGAUUUCUCUUCGUCCAUGUGCUGCGUAUGUCCAAAGGAGUGCCCCGCGGAGCCAGAAAUAACGACCACUUGCGAGAACUGGGUCACGUUCACCGCCGAGAACAACGAUGGUUGGGGGAGGAAUUCCCAUUCAAAUCUUGCUGGAUUGGGUCCGGACUUCGGCAAGCCCAAGGAGCUCCGAUAUUAUGGCGUCGGGCAGCUGAUGAAUGGUGUCCACGUCGACAUCGUCUUCGUGAACACAAGCGCUUAUGUCCCAAGGAACACUAACUGGAACCACAUUUCUGGGAGUCAGGCGGUGGUGAACCUCCUCGUCGGGCAAUUCGCAACGCUGAGGGCAGAGUUCGUGAGGAAUCACACCUUCUGCCCGGAGACGCCGAAGCUGCCAAAGCUCACGUUCUGUGACAUCGACCAUUAUGCUCAGGGGGAGAAUGAGAUUCUGAUGCUUGACGGUGUCAGCGCUCUCUAUACUGUCGAUUACGGCCUCGACUACGACUUGGACUUGUAUGUGCAUGAAACGAUUUUCGCCACAACCCCGACCGCAUUGACCUACAACGUAGAAACGAUCCCGACCAUGAUUUCUGGCAGAAACGCCCUGAAGUACACCGCCGCCUCCGGUGGACAGUUUGGGAUUCGGACACAGUCGCAGAUGUUCGGCCACGGUUGCGACAAUCCGACGGACACGGACAACCUCGUCAACAUCACUUGUCCAGACCCCACAGCGGUCCCCGUGGACCAGGCGAAGCGGUGCUUCAUGGUAGAGUUCGACAACGUGAGCUCGUUCGACAUCGCGUUCAGGAUCCUGACGGACAAGCCCGAGGAAUACAUCCAGCAGUGGGGCCGCAACUUCGCCAUAUCUGGUACGUCACCUUACUUCACACACCAGGACAGCGAACCAUGCGUUAUCACCGAUGCACCGACAAUGGCGCCGACAGCAGCUCCGACUUCUUCGCCGACAGCUGUGCCGACAGCUGCGCCGACUCCUGCGCCAACUGUGGCACCCACCGAAUCUCCGACUGCUGCUCCGACGGAUUCGCCGACACCGUCUCCAACUCUCAGCCCGACAGCCGCGCCGACCAAAUCGCCGACGUCUGCCCCGACACCAGCGCCGACGAACUCGCCGACGCCAUCUCCAACCCUUGCCCCGACAGCCGCGCCGACUGAUUCACCGACACUGGCGCCGACAGCAGCACCGACUCCGGCACCGACACUUGCGCCGUCUCCCGGACCCACAAUGGCACCGACACCUUCUCCGACCCUCGACCCGACACCAUACCCGACACCCUACCCGACGGUCUUCCCGACGCCCUACCCAACUCUCUUUCCGACGCCUUACCCGACGCCUUUUCCGACGCCCUUCCCGACACCCUACCCGACGCCUUUCCCGACGCCCUAUCCGACGCCGUUCCCGACGCCCUUCCCGACACCGUUUCCAACCCCCGCUCCGACAGUCGCGCCAACGCCCGCCCCGACACCGGCGCCGACAUACCCACUAACGCCUCCAGCGACUGCCCAGAUGAGUGCAGCUGGUGACCCACACCUGGUCAAUGUGCACGGGCAGCAUUUUGACUUGAUGAAGCCUGGCGUCCACUCCCUCAUCCAUGUGCCAUUCAAGGCUCGCCCCGCGAAUGUGCUGCUGCUUGUGAGAGCUGACGCCCAGCAGAUAGGCGGCGCGUGUGCGGACACGUACUUCAUGAGCGUCAACAUCACCGGGAAGUGGGCAGAGGUCAAGGCACACGAGCUCGGGCAGCCCAGUGGCACCGGCUUCUUCUUCACCGCGGGCAAGGGGGCGGCCCACACGGGAACGAAGUGGAUCUCCUUCGGGAAGAUGCAGCUGAAGGUGGUCCACGGCCGCACCAAAGAGGGCGUUGCAUAUCUGAAUUUCUUCGCUCGCAACCUGAAGAAGGCUGGCCUCCUCAUAGGAGGGCUCCUCGGGGAGGACGACCACGAGGAGGUGGCGAUCCCGCCUGGUGAGUGCCGGAAGAUCUACGACGUCUGA